CAACAUGUGCUUUUCAAGGUCAAGGGCAUUUCAGCUUGUUUGAUUUUCAGAUUGCGCUGGCGACGUAGAGACUGAACCAUCUACCGCGUUAAAACCAUGGGCACCAAGUUUGAGUUCUCGAUCGACCGCGGUGGUACAUUCACCGAUAUUUACGCGCGGUGUCCGGGCGGCCGGGUGCGGACCCUGAAACUGCUCUCCUCGGAUCCGGACCGGUAUCCGGACGCGCCCACCGAGGGGAUCCGGCGGAUACUGGAACAGGAGACGGGCCGCCCGUUCCCGGCCGGUGAGCCGAUCGACACCAGUGCCAUCUCGUGGAUCCGGAUGGGAACUACAGUGGCCACUAACGCCCUGCUGGAGAAGAAGGGCGCGGAGAUGGCCCUGCUGAUCACAGCCGGGUUCAGGGACGUGCUGCACAUCGGCAACCAGGCGCGGCCCAAAAUAUUCGACCUGUCGGUAUCGUGUCCGGACGUGCUCUACCGUGACGUGGUGGAGGUGGACGAGCGCCUCUUCCUGGCGUCACCGAGAUGUCAGAUGAAGCACGACUACGAGCGGGUGACAGCGCGGUCAGGCCAGGAGCUGCUGGUGGUGCGCCGUCCGGACCUCAGCGCGCUGGAGCCCCAGCUGCAGGCCCUGCUGGACCGCGGCAUCACCAGCCUGGCCGUGGUGCUCAUGCAUUCAUACCUUUACCCGGACCACGAGCGGUUGGUGGGCGCCCUGGCGGCGCGGCUCGGGUUCACCCACGUCAGUCUCUCCUCCGAGGUGAUGUCGAUGGCCCGCCUGGUACCGCGCGGGUUCACGGCAGCCGCUGACGCCUACCUGACGCCGUGCAUCAAACACUAUCUGAAGAGUUUCAGCUCUGGCUUCCGGGACGAGCUGCGCGGAGUCAAUGUGCUGUUUAUGCAGAGCGACGGCGGCCUGACGCCCAUGGACAGUUUUAACGGCUCGCGCGCCAUCCUGUCGGGCCCGGCCGGUGGCGUGGUCGGGUACGCCCAGACCACCCAUCGGCGAGAGACACAGCUGGCCGUCAUCGGCUUCGACAUGGGCGGCACCAGUACCGACGUCAGCCGCUUCGACGGCGCCUUCGAGCACGUGUUCGAGUCGACCACCGCCGGCGUGGUCAUCCAGGCGCCGCAGCUGGACGUGAACACGGUGGCGGCUGGCGGCGGCUCCGUCCUUGCCUUCCGAGACGGGCUGUUCGCAGUGGGACCAGAGUCGGCCGGCGCGCACCCAGGCCCUGUCUGCUACAAGAAGGGCGGCCCCCUGACCGUCACCGACGCCAACCUGGUGCUGGGCCGGUUGCUGCCCGACUUUUUCCCGAGGAUAUUCGGCCCGAACGAGGACCAGCCGCUGGACAGUUCGGCCGCCUACACCCAGAUGCAGAACCUCGCCAACGACGUGAACAAGUUUCUGCAGUCGCAGAAGGGUGACGCGGUGUCGGAGCCGAUGUCGGUCGAGGAGGUCGCCAUGGGCUUCAUCAGGGUGGCCAACGAGACCAUGUGCCGGCCCAUCCGCAGUCUCACUCAGGCCCGCGGCCACGACACCUCUCAGCACGCGCUGGCCUGUUUCGGCGGCGCAGGAGGUCAGCACGCAUGCGCAAUAGCGCGCGCUCUCGGCAUGGGCACCGUGUUUGUGCACAGAUACGCCGGUAUCCUAUCCGCGUUCGGUAUGGCUCUGGCCGACGUGGUGCACGAGGCCCAGGAGCCGUGCGGACUGCUCUACGGACCAGAUAAUUUCGCGUACUUUGACGAGCGACUGGUAGCUCUAUCGGAGGUGUGCCGCGAGAAACUGCGACAACAGGGAUUCACUGACGACAAGAUUGUGACUGAGGUGCACCUGCACAUGCGAUACGACAAGACUGACUGUGCCCUGAUGAUCCAUCCCUCUGAAGCCGGGACGGACGCUCCCUCUCCAACCCACGGAGACUUCAUGGAGGCGUUCCUUCGAAGGUACCGCAAGGAGUUCGGGUUCGUGAUCAGUGACCGGGACGUGGUCGUGGAUGACGUCAGAGUGCGGGGGCGGGGCCUGGCCUCCGUGGACGAUGACGUCACACUGCCACCGGCACAGACUCUGCCCACUCCAAAAACGGAGACCAAGGUGUACUUUGUGGGCGGGUACCGCACGGUAAAAGUGUACCUGCUGUCGGAGCUGGGGGCUGGCCAGGAAAUCGCCGGUCCCGCCAUCAUCAUGGACUCUCUGAGCACCAUACUGGUGGAGCCAGACUGCACGGCGACCAUUACGUCGCGCGGUGACGUCAGAAUCCGGGUGGGCUCGGGCGCUCCGCCGAAAAUCGGCCCCGAGCUCGACUCGAUCCAGCUGAGCAUCUUCGGACACCGGUUCAUGAGUCUGGCCGAGCAGAUGGGCAGGAUUCUGCAGCGCACGUCGAUAUCGACCAACAUCAAGGAGCGACUGGACUUUUCGUGCGCGCUGUUCGGUCCGGACGGCGGCCUGGUCUCCAACGCGCCGCACAUCCCCGUCCACCUGGGCGCCAUGCAGGAGGCCGUCCAGUACCAGAUGCGCGCCCUGGGGUCCGACAUCCAUCCGGGCGACGUGCUGCUCUCCAACCACCCGGCGGCCGGCGGAUCGCACCUGCCUGAUCUGACCGUCAUCACGCCCGUGUUCUACCGCGGCUCGGCGUCUCCGGUGUUUUUCGUGGCGUCGCGCGGCCACCACGCUGACAUUGGCGGCAUCACUCCGGGCUCCAUGCCGCCGCACUCGACUUCACUCCUCCAGGAGGGCGCCUGCUUCAAGUCGUUCAAGCUCGUCUCGGAGGGCGUCUUUCAGGAGCAGGAGCUGACAGAGGCGCUGAUGGCUCCUGGGAAGAUCCCGGGCAGCUCGGGAACCAGGAACCUGAGAGAUAACCUGAGUGACCUGCGCGCCCAGGUGGCAGCAAACCAAAAGGGUAUCAGUCUGGUCGGCGAGCUGAUAGACCAGUACUCGCUCCCGGUGGUCCAGGCGUACAUGGCACACAUUCAGCACGCGGCGGAGCUGGCCGUGCGGGGGAUGCUGCGACAGAUCGGGUCCGAGGCGCGCCGCCGGUCCGGCGCCGCCCGGCUACUCUGGGAGGACAGGAUGGACGGAGGGAGUGUCAUACGACUGGAGGUGCACAUUGACGAACAGGAGGGGUCGGCUGUGUUCGACUUCAGCGGCACGGGUUACGAGGUGUACGGCAACUGUAACGCUCCGCGGGCCAUCACCCUCUCUGCCGUCAUCUACUGUUUGCGCUGUAUGGUCGGACACGACGUGCCGCUCAACCAGGGCUGUCUGGCGCCGAUCCGUAUCCGGAUCCCGCCUGGAUCCCUGCUGGACCCCUCGGAUACCGCCGCUGUGGUGGGCGGUAACGUCCUCACCUCCCAGCGGGUCGUGGACGUGGUUCUGGGCGCGUUCGGAGCCUGUGCCGCCAGCCAGGGGUGUAUGAACAACGUGACGUUUGGCGACGGAGAGUUCGGGUACUACGAGACGGUGGCCGGCGGCGCCGGAGCGGGUCCCACGUGGCACGGCCGCAGUGGUGUGCACAGUCACAUGACCAACACGCGCAUCACGGACCCGGAGAUUAUCGAGGCGCGCUACCCGGUGGUGGUGCAAAAGUUCUCCCUGAACCCCGGCACGGGCGGCAGCGGACGGCACAGGGGCGGUGACGGCGUCGUUCGGGAGCUGCUCUUCCGAAAGCCGCUGACACUGUCCAUACUGACGGAGCGACGGGUCUUCCAGCCGUACGGCCUCAAAGGCGGUGGUGCUGGUCGCAGAGGACAGAACCUGCUGCUCCACGCGGACGGCCGGACGGUGGACCUCGGCGCCAAAACCUCCGUGGAUGUCCAGACGGGGGACACGUUCCGUCUGUUGACUCCCGGUGGUGGCGGUUUCGGCUCUCCUGACGACCCUAAGGAGGCGGGUGAGGAGCAGGAGCCGGCCCAGGAGAGACUCCAGACGUUCCUGGAGCGCGGCAGCCUGCACGACUACCAGCUGGCUCAGGAGUCUGUCUAGAGCCAGCCCAUCACUUGAGAAAUAGCAAGCGGCAACUAUUUAAACAUUCAAGACAGAAUCUGUCGGGGGCCGGAAUUCUGAGCGGCAAGCUCAUGGAAAACAUGUCAUUAUUUGCUGAAGCUGGUGACGUUUCGUAUUGUUGUCUUACAUUGUGUUCUCGCAUGCUACCUACAAACUUCAGUCGUCUUUUUACAAGUCUUUCCAGAUUUAGUUUGCGCAUAGCCGACUUCUUCCCAGUGCAGAAAUCGAUCGAUCAGCAUUGUAAUAGAUCGGCAGAUAUGCUGGCUCAUGUUUCUUUUUGUACUCAACAGAAAUAAAUCUAAAGCAAAAUGUCAA